CUUCUAUCAUUUACCAGAGUAAAAAUAAAAGCCGACCAGGAGAGGUUCUUUGUUUCCAACUUAUUGGUAAAGCCAAAAGAAAAAAAAAAUUCUCAGUAACAAGGAAGCUGCAGGGCAUUGAAGCUUUUAAAUUCCCAUUCAAAUUCUCAACAUCUUACGGUUUGGCUGCUCAAGAAAAAAAAAAAGAAAAAGAAAAGAGUUCAUCACAAGCAAAAGCAAAAAGAAAACGGAGUAAAGAGGAAGAAGAAUUUCAUCUCUCUAGUUUUACAACUGCGCGCCUCUUGGAGAAGAUUCCUUGCUUCUUUAUUUUCCUGAACUUUAGAUUUCUCGCUUUCAUCAUUAGCUUCUUUUCCACCAAACUGAAGAGCAAGAGUUCGACGAGCGAAAUUCAGUUUUCGUUUUCUUAAUUGGAUUCUUUUCCACCUAACUGAAGAGUGAGAGUUCGACGAGCGAAAUUCGUUCAUUAAUCGGUGAAGGACUUUCAUUGUGACUAAAUUCAGGGGCUAAGGAACAGAAUGCAGGGAUGAUAUUUAGCAUUGGAACUGAGCUGACAAGUAGUCAAGUUGUUACUCAAUGGGGCAUGACCUUAAAUCUUGGUUUCAAUUAGAUGCGAGGAAAUUGAUAUGGCUUAUAUGUGCGAUCAUGGUGAUUAUAACAUUCCAGUAUCUUGAACUUUCGAGCGAGAAUGUGUUGUCGGCGGUAGUUCCUUCUGGUAAGAUCUCUGUUGAGGGACAAAGUAGUUUCUUAGCCAGUGCUCCAUCAUCGACUGAGCCAGAUGGGACAAUACGUUAUGUGACUCAUUCAAUUGGUUUGGAGUAUAAUGGAACAUAUGCUGGUAGUGAGACAGUUCAUGGUAAUGAGGUCUCUGAAGAAAGGGACAUGGAUUCGAAUGAUGAUGUUAUAUCAGAAACCGAUGUGGACUUGAAUAAAUCUUCUACAUUUGAGGAAGGCAGUGAAUCUCCAAAAGAGUCUUUAAGUGAGGAAUUGGUAGAUUUAAUUAAGAAUUCUACAGUGUAUGAUGCUGAAAGUUCCAAAAAUAUGACUACAGCAGAGGUGGAAGGUGGUCUAUCAUUGGAGUUAAGCAAGGAAAAUAACAUGGCAACUCUAGAUAGCUUGAACCAAACUAGUGCUGUUAAUGAAGCAACUAAUGAUUUUGGGACCUAUGAAGUAAAUGACAAAGAUCAGAAUAGUGAUUCCAUAUUAGAUAAUGAUAACAAUUCUGGUAGGAAGUCUUCAUCAGAGGAAUUUGAGGACUAUCCUGAAAGUUACAAUAAUAAGACUGUUGCAAAGGAGGCACCGACUACUAUAGCUGAUAUGAACAAUUUGCUUUAUCGGAGUCGUGUUUCAUAUCAUUCCACGACACCAAGAUGGGCUUCAGCAGCAGACAAAGUGCUAUUAAAUGUAAGAUCGCAGAUUGAGAAAGCACCUAUUUUAGAGAACGAUCAGCAACUUUAUGCACCUCUUUAUCGGAAUGUUUCUAUGUUCAAAAGGAGCUAUGAAUUGAUGGAAAGCACACUCAAAGUAUAUAUCUACAAGGAAGGAAAAAAACCCAUAUUCCAUAAGCCGGUUCUCAAGGGUAUUUAUGCCUCUGAAGGAUGGUUCAUGAAACAACUGCAAGCUAAUAGAAACUUUGUUACUAAAAAACCAAGAGAAGCCCAACUGUUUUACUUACCUUUUAGUUCUAGAAUGUUGGAAGAGACAUUAUAUGUCCCUGAUUCUCACAGUAUCCAGAACCUUGUAGAGUAUUUGAAGAACUAUGCGGACACGAUUGCAGCAAAAUAUCCUUACUGGAACAGAACUCAAGGAGCUGAUCAUUUUCUGGUCGCUUGCCAUGACUGGGCAACAUCUGAAACAAAGGAAUACAUGGCCAAUUGCAUAAGAGCCCUCUGCAAUUCCGACAUUAGAGAAGGUUAUAUUUUUGGGAAGGAUGUCUCUCUUCCAGAGACCACCAUUCGGAACCCUCAGAGACCCCUCCGAGACCUCGGUGGUGAACCUCCUUCGAAGAGAUCAAUUCUAGCUUUCUUUGCAGGAGGCAUGCAUGGUUAUUUAAGGCCAAUUCUAUUACAACAGUGGGGAAACAAAGAUCCGGACAUGAAAAUCUUUGGUACAAUGCAUAAUGGUAAGGGGAAACUGAACUACGCCCAGCACAUGAAGAGGAGCAAGUACUGCAUUUGUCCUAGAGGUUACGAGGUUAACAGUCCACGCGUGGUGGAGGCCAUAUUUUAUGAAUGUGUUCCGGUUAUCAUAUCUGACAAUUUCAUUCCUCCUUUUUUCGAGGUUUUGAAUUGGGAAUCAUUAGCAGUCUUCGUUUUGGAGAAGGAUAUUCCUAAUUUGAAGAAGAUCCUCUUGUCAAUCCCAGACGAGAGGUAUAGGCAGAUGCAGCUGAGCGUUAAAAAGGCACAACAACAUUUUCUUUGGCAUCCUAGACCAGUGAAAUAUGAUAUAUUUCAUAUGAUUCUCCAUUCAGUUUGGUACAAUAGAGUUCUCCAAAUGGAAAAGCCAAGGUAAGUUCCUUUUUUACAAACCCACAGAGUCAUCAAGUUUUCAAUUAAUAUCAAUUUAAAUCCUUUUCACAAUGUUUGAGAGAGGUACUUUUUGAGUACAAAAAUUUGUUUCUUUCACAUUAUUUAGGUGUACAUAGAUUUGAGUGAAUAAGGUUGCAUCGACUAGUGGAACCCCGUUGUUGGGUAGGGGAGUUCACUUUAAAAUUCAUGUCCCAAGUUUGAGUUAUAGUGAUUACUUGUGAUGUAUGGGUGUGUCGGUAAUAAUUUGUUCCUACCUGGAGUUAUAAAAAUUCUUUUCACAAGUGGUUGUAGGCUUAGCAACCAGUUCUUGAGUUGGCGAUGUGGCCUGUUCAUUUAUUUAUUUAUUAAUAAUAGUAGUUUAUGUAAAAAAAAAUUAAUGUUGAAAUUUAAGUAUAGAUUUAUUGAUUUUUAUUUUUAACAAGUUAAACCUCAA